GCGGCAGAGGCUGCCUACAUCCCGGGAUCUGGAGUUGGAGCUGCGCGAGUGAAAGUUGGGCUAAAGGGUGUGAGAGGAUGCUGCAGGACAAUAAAGGAUUGUACUGACACCCAAUACCUGCGGGAAGCGUGUCCCGAAUGAAGGAUGGCGCGCAAUGCACUGAGCUUAUGCCUCUUAUUUUUGGGUUUUCAACAUUCCUCAUCACAUGAUUGUGUUGAUCCACUUAUCUCCAACCUCUAUGCCUCAUCAUUCUUGGCCUCGUCCAGAUACAACUUCCUGUACUCUGCCAAUUUUGCAAAAUUAUAUGGCAGCAGUGGCUGGUCGCCCUCUCCCCGGGACAGACAGCCCUGGCUUCAAAUCGACCUGCUAAGAAAGUACAGACUGGUAGCCAUUGCCACACAGGGGACAUUCAACUCCUAUGACUGGGUCACCAAGUACACCCUCCUCUAUGGGGACCGACCAGACUCAUGGACGCCCUACAUCAUGAAAGGAGGGAACUCGACGAUGCCGGGGAACUGGAAUUAUUAUCAAGUCAAAAGAAACGUCUUCCAUUAUGCCUUCACUGCAAAACACGUACGUCUGCUUCCUCUGGCCUGGAACACAGAGAAUGGAGGCAAGAUUGGUGUGAGGCUGGAGCUCUUUGGCUGCCCCUAUGAUUCCUAUGUUCUGCAGUACAAUGGAGAUGACUCUGUAGUGUACAUGUACCCAGGGAGGAAGUCUCGCACUCUGUCUGAUCACAUCGCUCUUAACUUCAAAACCCUGGAGCAGGAUGGACUGCUGCUACACAGUGAGGGAGUGCAGGGAGACCUGUUCACGCUUGAACUCAGGAAGGGAAGACUCUACCUUCACAUCAGCCUUGGAAGCAGUAUUGUCCACAAUCUAAAUGGGAGGACUACGCUGACAGUGGGCAGUCUCUUAGAUAAUCUGCAUUGGCACUACGUCACUAUAAAGAGAUACGGCCGACAGGUGAACUUCACUGUCGAUGCUCACUCGGUCACUGGGUACUGCAGCGGAGACUUCACUCACCUGGAUCUAGACAAGCAGCUAUAUGUCGGUGGAGUAAUUGAACCAAACAUGCCUCAUCUUCCCUCGACUCCAAACUUCAGAGGAUGCCUUGAAAACGUCUUUAUAAACGGUGUCAACAUCAUUGACAAAGCCAAACGAGAGGAGACCGAUAUCCGCAUACCAAGGAAGAAAAAAAUGCACUUCACCUGCCGUGAUAUUUUGCUCAAACCGAUGACUUUUGCUGGACCCAACAACUAUCUCCAAGUGCCGGGAUUUUUCAGAAGACCCAAGAUGUUUGUCAAGUUUAAGUUUCGAUCCUGGGACUACACUGGACUGCUCAUGUUUACACGAUUUGCCGAUGACUUGGGAGCUCUUGAGUUAGGCCUGAGCGAAGGACAGAUAAACGUCACAAUAUUUCAACCGGGGAAGAAGAAGAUCCAAUUUGCAGCAGGAUACAGACUGAAUGAUGGCUACUGGCACACGGUGGAUUUGGCGGCUAGAGAUAGCCUUUUAACUCUGACCAUCGAUGAAGAAGAAGCAUCUCCGUUAAGAAUAACCAACCCUUUUACAAUUCGAACUGGGGACCGCUACUUUUUUGGAGGUUGCCCACAGACUAACAACACGAUACGCAAAUGUGAAACCAAGUUGAAUCGAUUCCACGGUUGCAUGCAGCAUAUUUUUAUAGACAAUGAACAGCUGGAUAUAGACAUCGUCCUCCAAAGACAGUGGGGGCGCUAUGCAGAGCUGUUGUUAGGCACCUGCGGGAUCACAGACAGAUGCUCUCCGAACCCCUGUGAACACGAGGGCAGGUGCAUUCAAUCAUGGGACGACUUUAUCUGUUUGUGCGAAAAUACAGGUUAUAAAGGAGAAGUGUGCCAUAUGUCUGUUUAUAAGGAGUCUUGUGAGGCUUACCGACUCAGUGGCAAGUAUUGGUCUGGAAACUACACAAUAGAUCCAGAUCUCAGCGGGCCCUUGAAGCCAUUUGAGGUCUACUGCAAAAUGAAGUCCUAUAAAGCGUGGACAGUAAUUAUGCAUGACCGUGUGGAUGGUACAAAGGUUUCUGGGAGUACCAUAGAGAGGCCUUACAUUGGCGAUGUUAACUACUGGAACGCUUCCUGGGAUGAAGUAUCCGCUCUUGCCAACACAUCUAUUUACUGUGAGCAAUGGAUUGAUUACUCCUGCUACAAGUCCAGACUUCUCAACACUGCUGGUGGACGGCCCUUUGGCUACUGGAUUGGCCGAAACAACGAGAGCCACUAUUACUGGGGAGGCACAUUUAGAGAAAUACAGAAAUGUGGAUGUGCCAUCAACCAAACCUGUGUGGAUCCAAGGUUCCAAUGCAACUGUGAUGCUGACUACAGACAAUGGUACUCUGACAAAGGCUACUUAGACUUCAGAGACCACCUGCCUGUGAGGAGGGUCGUCGUCGGAGACACAAACCGCACACGAUCAGAGGCGCAGUUCACAGUUGGACCUCUCCGUUGCCAUGGAGACAGAAACAUCUGGAACACCGUCUCGUUCACUAAGCCCACUUACAUAACUUUUCCCACUUUCAAACCUGGGUCAAGCGCAGACAUCUCCUUUCAUUUCAAAACCUACAAAGCAAACGCCGUCUUCCUCGAGAGCUCUGACGACCACCUCCGCAACUUUAUACGGGUUGAGCUCAACACAACCCAUAACCUGCUCUUCAUCUUCAUGGUUGGUGAUGGAAUCCUCAAUGUAACUCAUAGGUCUCCAGUGCCACUAAAUGACAAUGAGUGGCACUUUGUCCAAGCAGAACUCAAUGUAAAAGUGGCUCGAAUCAAAGUGGACUGGCAGCCCUGGACCGUCAGGCGAUUCCCGGGUCAAACCUUUGUCACCAUGAAGUUCACACAGCCUCUCCUUGUUGGUGCAGCCAAUAAAACACACAGGCCGUUCUUGGGCUGUCUCCGCGGGUUACGGCUGAAUGGAGUUCCUUAUGAUUUAGAGGGAAAAGUGAAUGAAGAACAAGGGAUCCGGAGAAACUGCAGUGGACAGUGUGUGAAUGCCACCGUACCAUGUCGGAACGCCGGCCAGUGCAUCGAAGGUUAUGCUUCCUAUUGGUGUGACUGUAACAACACUGCAUUUGAUGGUUUCUAUUGUCAUAAAGACAUUGGAGCUUAUUUUGAGGUGGGUUCCUGGUUGAAGUACAACAUUCUGAAGAAGCCCAUAUCAGAUGAAGCGGCGUGGGCCAACUGGAUCGACCCUCACUACGAUAACUUCACUCUGGGCUACAACGACACAGCGGACGACAUCGAGUUCAGCUUCAGUACAGUGCACUCUCCAGCCGUGUUACUCUACAUCAGCUCCUUUGUACAGGACUACAUAGCUGUUAUCCUCAAAGUGGAUGGGAGCGUUGACUUGAGGUACAAACUGGGUCUAAUAACUCACAAAUUUGAACUGACGAGGAGGAACCUUGCAGAUGGAUUCCCUCAUUAUAUCAAUAUAACCAGACAUAAUCACACUAUCAAAACACAGGUGGACUACAUGGAGCCAAAUGUGGAAAAGAUAACUUUAGUCGAAGACGCCAGAUUUGACUCUCCCAAAUCAAUGUUUCUUGGCCGAGUUAUGGAGGUUGGCGAUAUCGACUAUGAGAUCCAGAAACACAACGCACCUGGAUUCAUUGGCUGUAUCUCUGGAGUGAGGUACAACGUCUAUGCUCCUCUGAAGGCGUAUUUCAGACCAAACGUGACCGAUCCCCCGGUGACCACACAGGGAAUAGUCACAGAGUCUAUAUGCGGCGCGUUCCCUCCCGUCCUGGGCUAUGUGCCCUGGGAAGUAGACCCCUGGUUCACCACUAUAGAGUACAUCUAUAUCCAUGAUGACCUGGGGCUGUUCUGGAUAAUAGUCAUUGCUAUCCUGGCGUUCCUGCUGCUCUUAGCCGGCCUCUACAGCAUCUAUGUGUACGCCUAUCAGCAGAAGGGCAGCUACCACACCAACGAACCCAAAAAUCUAGAGUCCCCAAGCAGCUCCAGACCACUGACCGAAACGCUGCGCCGAGACAUCAAGAAGUCCCUCCCAGAGAUAGACGAGGAGUUCAGGGCGGGCUAGCAUCAAGUGGACUAUGGUACAAUGGGCGGGGCUUAUGCCGGGGGGGUGGGGCCGGGAAAUAGUACUCAAGGUAAACACUGAAUUUGAUUUGUAGAUUAUAUUUGUAUUUAUGUUUUGUGUUUAUUGAUUUUUAAGGUGCACUGUGAAACUUUUCCAGAGGGAAUCCAACAUCCGCUUGUCUCCAUGUUGAUGUUAUUGUGUUGCUUAGAAUACUCCACAGUAUGGCAUUAAAUAUAUCUAUCUUGCGUUAAUUCAAUUACAGGUGAGUUUAUUGCUCAAAAUCAUGGAUUGUUACUGUUAGUGGGCUUGCCAUUUCACAGAUUUGACCUGUAACUUGACUUGGUGACUAUACCCGCUUGUGUACAUGUAGAUAGAUAUGUUUAAUGUCAUACUGUGGAACAUUCAGGCAAAUCAAUGAGCUCUCCAUAGCAAUAAGCAGGUGGUAGACUCUCCGUUAGAAAAGUUAGUGCUACUUUAAGUGGGAUUUGACGCCUGGUGCCGUAACAGUCCCAUCACUGGUAUUUGUUUUGUUUUUGCGUUUGAGCCCCAUGUUGCGUGAGAAGCCAAGUCUCACAGUGUACAGUUUAGCAGGGUGAUAUAUUAAAGUGCCUGUUACGAGCUAGCUUGAUCUGAAAUAAAAAAAACAAACAAAAAAAACAACAAAAUGGUUAUCAGAUUGAGGUUAGACUGUGGGCAUAAGACUUCAUGGGUUAAAAAAAGUCUUAUUAUAUUUUCGUUGUUUAGAUAUUUUUGUCACUGUCACAAGUUUGGAUCCAUUGUCAUUUAAAGAAUACAUGUAUGACAGACAAUCUCUCUUGGAGCCAUUUAAAACCACAGAUUCACAAAAUGAAAUGAAGCUUUUCUACUGAGCCAGUCAACACAGAUCAGCCGUAACAUUAUGACCACUGACAACCGACUAACACGCAUAGCUUUACUCUGCCACUUGUUAACAGAUGGCAUAUUUUAUACAGCAAGUUAACACUAUAUUCUCAAAUGUAACUGUUAAAAAAUAUUGACUGAAAUAGGGAUCGGAGCGAGCUUUGAAAAGUGACAAAUUGUGAGGGCUGGUUGACCAUAGAAGAUUAUACCUAAAACUGCAGCAUUUAGAAGGUAUUCUCAUAGACUGUAUAUAAAUGGACACAUCUAACCCACAAGCUGCCACAUUUCAAAUAGGAAGUGAGCAUGGGCGCAUUUCUGGCUCCAUCGACUCUGGCUCCAAUUUACUGUUUAUUGAAAAACUGUCACACCUGUCCCUGUAACUGCUGCUGUCAGGCUCGUCACUUUGGUCUUAAAAUGCUCGUAUUAACCCGCUGGAGCCGAAUGCUACGGGUGAAAACACACUCCCUUAGUCCACGUCUUUAUACAGUCUAUGGGAAUUGUGCGGUGUCAAUGCUUUACUAAUGUUGUUGUGCAUGGGGCCAGAUAUUAGGCAAAUAGUAAUCCCACAUAACAUCACUAAUAAUAAGAUAAACUUUUUAAACCUUUAUGUAUGCUGGUGGUCAUGAUGUUAUGCUCGAUUGGUCCACAAACUGUUAUAAUCCCCACAUGGAGCUCGGAUGAGUUCAGCUUUGAGACUGAUAAGGAUAUACGCUUCUCCUAGUUGUAUUGCAGCUUACAACAGUGCAGUGUCUUGUCAGAACGGCUCUUGUAUGUGGCUCCAUAUAGAUUACAGUAGAACGCAGCUUUGCCCCAUAGCAGUAUGCUCGGAUCGUUCAACUCUGAAUCAAUUAUGUGAUGGUUAACCGAAACCAGGGUGUAAUUAAGUUUGUAUUGUUUGACUUGUACUUAUCUCAAGCUUCCAAAAACAUGGUGCUACAGCGGUUUUGACAUUUAUGGUGACUAGUACUAGAUCAAAGUUUUUUGGACCAUAUGGAAGACUUGAACAUUUAAAAAUACACAGUAACAGUGUACAGAGGACCACUUGUAAAUGCUUACCAUUCACUUACAGUAUUUCAGUAUUAAGACAGUAGCCUCCUGUGCUAACGUCAUAAUUGCUGCUUAAUUAGCUGCUUCCUAUUAAAUGAAAAAAACCUUUAUUCUCAUCAACUUUUAACCAAAGCAUAGGGCUUCCACCAUUCACUCAGCUCUUCUCGAAGCACUGUUGUGAAAAAACAUUUGCCAUAUACCUGCUAUGCAUUGUAGAGCAUGGACGCACUUUGCAAUAUCUUGCAAUAAGAAUACGAGCUUCUUCCUAUCACCAAUACUUUGCGAAAUAGCAAUUAGGAUGUAAUGGGUGUCAAUGUAAAACUGUGUGCGAUGUUUUUUAUACAAUGUUUUCAGAUGGGAUGUUCUGAAUGUAAACUAUAAAUGAUGUUGAAAGUAUCAGAAAGCUCAGGAUUCAGUGUCCGGAUGUUACUGUAAACACUGUAUUGUAUGAACAUGUAGAUAUGGCAAAAACAAGCUAUAUUUUUGAGAAUGUGCUUUGUCCAAAUGAAUGAAAUUGAGCCUAAUACAGCAAUGUUUAGGUUUUAGGCCAAGUGCGGUCGCUUUGAAUUCAGUCAUCGUUUGUGUAAAAUGCAAGUCACUAAUUUAGACUUUAACAUUCAGCUGAUGUCAUAUAAUGCUGUUUUAUCAAAAAAGUUGCACCCAAUAGUCCUGCAUCGGUAACACAGAGAAAAACUCAUAAAUGUUUGUUCUGUGUUAAGUACUGUGUUGGUAAUGUUACUUCACUGCUUGUUUGGUGUGGGUUUAUUCAUUGAUUUCAGGUUUUAACCAUUCAAAAGAUAGAAUAUUUUGUUUUCAUUCAUUAAUUGUCCUAUUUUUUCUUUACACUUAGACCUAUGGAUAACUUAAAUGGAAAUAACUUAUUACUGUAUCUGGACUUCAGUGUCUCAUCUUAGUCAAAUUGUGGGUUAAUUCGUCAUUUAUUUAUAGCCCAAUAGUUAUCCGUUUUUCGCUAGUGUCACCGAUGCAGGUUUUAAAUGUAUUUUGCACUGAUUGCAGCAUAUUGUCUCUAAGCUAUUGUUUGGUUGGUCAUUUACUGCAUGUCAGACCUGUGUUUUUUCAUUGUUGGAAAUGUAAACCAGGAUGUUAAUACAAUGAAUUCACCAAUAGGGGGAGUAGUAAGCAAGUUGUGUUAAUUGAGACUUCAGUAGAAUUAUGCUACUUCAUUAUUUAUGAUCAGUCUCAUUGACAAACACUACUGCUGCUCUGUGCACUUAGUACUGUUAAAGUCCAUAUGAGUCUCAAGACAGCCAUAGAUCACAACUGAACACCUACAGGUGAAACAUUCGUGAUAAUUGUGCACUGGUUAAGUCAAACCUCGCUCAACCGGCAUCAGACAAACGUUUGUGUGUUUAAACAGAUUUAUUUUUAGGGAUUUUAUUUUGAAAAGCCGCACUGUAAAUGACCAUUACUGUGGAAAUCCAACCUGUCACCAGAAUAAAAGAAGCUUGAAGAAA